AUGGGAGUCGACGCGCGGCGUGCCAGCCCCACGGUGGUCGUGGUGCUUCUCGGGCUCUUCGCACUUGUCGGCACCGCAGAAGGGCACAGUUUUCCAGUAGAGCCAGUGGCUCCUUUGAGCCUUUUCAAUGGCGAGUCCUACGCCGCCUCGACGUUUCUCUACUGGGCACAAGUCGUGAGUUCAUUUGUGGAGAUGAUUCUUGACUCGGCGGAGCCACCGGUCUUGCUCGACAAGGUAAACCAUUUGACACGUGCCAAGAAAAAGGGCACCGUGGCGAGAGAAAUUUGGGCCCCGCGUAGCGCUAUGGUAAAGCACGUACCUGAAGUUGAACCCUUUGCUGUGGCCCCCAUGCCAAUGUACUACGUACCACCACCAAAGGGAAAGUUGCCUCUACACACCUGCUGGUCCGGCUACCUGGCAGUUCCCUUCAACACCACUUUCUUGUGCUCAGGCACACCAAAGACGGCAACCCAGUACAACGCGAUGACGGACUCCGAACGGGAGAAGUGCACCUACAAUCGUGAGGUGGGAGAAGUCUGUCUCUGCCCAAUCGGCACUGUUUGGGUGAAGAAACAGCUUGGCGAAAGCUGGGUGUGCAUCCCACGACUACUUCUCGUUUCAACUCGUUUGGAGGAUAAGUUUCUGUGCCAGGACCCUGAUGGUGAGGCGCUUGGCCUCCGCAGCAGUCACAGCCCGAGUGACUUUUGCCUGCACGUCCAGCGGGACGAGACGCUUUCCCUUGACCUUAAUGUGAGCUUCCGGUGGAUGGAGAACGACGAGAUUGCAAGUUUUCAGGCGUUGAAGGGCACCUUGCUGCUUUUUGGGAACCUACAGUACGAUGAGAUUUACAUUACGGUGUGGCGGGGCGUGUUUGGCUUCCCCGACUUGCUGGCGCGUUCCUCCAAACUUUUUAAAUUUGUUGUGAAGCCUGACCCGCUGAACCUGCAUGCUUUUGGCGUCGUGGAGGGUCACCCGCUGCAGGAGGACGGUCACUUUGAGCACGUCGUGUACCCGUUCAGAGAUAUGGCGUUGCUGCAAGAAGGGCGGAUGCAUCAAACGCUGUCGGAAAGACAUUUCAUCAACAAGAUCUUCAGUGGGAAGCGUAACUUUACCCUGCAACGAGUUGAGAGAAAUUUGGGUCUGCUAAGUAGUGACUAUGUCACUAACGACAUGAUGUACAUGGAGAUUGGUUUUUGUGGUUCCGCCCUCCCUUUAGGAGGCCGCCACGCGCGUGUAUGGAUCACGUUCGAAGAACUUCCGCCUGUGGCGGAGACGUACACGUACGACCAGCCGCUAAGCUCGCCGGUCAUAGCAGGCAUCGUCUUCGCCUGUGCAGUUGUCAUGGGUGUCCUGGUGGCGGUGGGGUGGUAUUGCUGCCAUCGGCGAUUGGAAGUCGAUGAUCGGCUGGUGAUUGACGCCCAAGAUGAGCAGAGCCAACGAAGGAAGAAGAUGCAGUGA